AUGGAAAAGCUGGAAACAGAGAGGAAGAGACCUGGAGAGGAGGAAUAUGGCACAGCUGGGGGCCUGUCAGAGGAAGAGGACUAUGUGCCUUAUGUGCCCGUAAAGAAGAGAAAGCAACAAAAGCUACAGAAGUUGCUGCGGAAGCGAUGGAGGGGAGAGGCUGAGGAGGAGCGGAAAGACAGUGGCAGUGAGUCCCGAGGAGAUGAAGGCGACAUUCCCCUGGGCCCCCAGUCCAGUGUCAGCCUUCUGGACCAGCACCAGCUCCUGAAGAAGAAGGCAAAUGCCCGCAAAGAGUCUGCUAAGGAGAAGCAGCUGAAAGAGGAAGAGAAGAUCUUGGAGAGUGUGGCAGAAGGACGAGCUCUCAUGUCAGUGAAGGAGAUGGCCAGAGGAAUCACCUACAAGGAUCCCAUCAAGACCAGCUGGAAGGCCCCUGGGUAUGUGUUGAGCAUGUCUGCAGCCAGGCAUGAGCGUGUUCGCAAGAAGUACCAGAUCUUGGUGGAAGGAGAGGGGAUACCACCCCCCCUCAAAAGCUUCAAGGAAAUGAAGUUUCCUGCGGCCAUUCUGAGGGGCCUGAAGAAGAAAGGAAUUCACCAUCCCACUCCCAUCCAGAUCCAGGGCAUCCCUGCCAUCCUCUCCGGCCGCGACAUGAUCGGCAUUGCUUUCACUGGCUCUGGCAAGACAUUAGUGUUCACUCUGCCCCUAAUCAUGUUUUGCCUGGAGCAGGAGACAAGAUUACCAUUCUCCAGGAGGGAGGGGCCCUAUGGGCUCAUUAUCUGCCCUUCUCGAGAGCUGGCCCGCCAGACCCAUGGCGUCUUAGACUAUUACUGUCAGCUGCUGCAGGAAGACAACUACCCCUCCUUGCGCUGUGCCCUCUGCAUUGGGGGCACGUCAGUCAAGGAGCAGAUGGAAACUAUCCGGUAUGGGGUGCACGUGAUGGUGGCCACUCCUGGGCGUCUCAUGGACCUCCUACAGAAGAAAAUGGUGAAUCUGGACGUUUGCCGCUACCUGGCCCUGGACGAAGCUGACCGAAUGAUAGACAUGGGCUUCGAGGGAGACAUCAGAACCAUCUUCUCCUACUUCAAGGGCCAGAGACAGACACUGCUCUUCAGUGCUACCAUGCCCCAGAAGAUCCAAAACUUUGCUAAGAGUGCUCUGGUAAAGCCUGUCAUCGUCAAUGUGGGCCGGGCAGGGGCUGCCAGUCUGGAUGUCAUCCAGGAAGUGGAAUAUGUGAAGGAAGAGGUCAAGAUGGUGUACCUGCUAGAGUGUCUGCAAAAGACACCCCCACCAGUGCUGAUUUUUGCAGAGAAGAAGGCGGAUGUGGAUGCCAUCCAUGAAUACUUGCUUCUCAAAGGUGUGGAGGCUGUAGCCAUCCAUGGAGACAGAGAUCAAGCAGAACGGAGCAAAGCCAUCGAGACAUUCCGCGAUGGCAAGAAAGAUGUCUUAGUGGCCACUGACGUGGCCUCCAAGGGCCUGGACUUUCCAGCCAUUCAGCACGUCAUCAACUACGAUAUGCCCGUGGAGAUUGAGAAUUACGUUCAUCGGAUUGGUCGGACAGGCCGCUCUGGGAACACGGGCAUGGCCACCACCUUUAUCAACAAGGCCUGUGAUGAGUCAGUACUCUUGGAUCUCAAAGCCCUCCUCCUUGAAGCCAAACAGAAGGUGCCUCACAUGCUGCAGGUCCUGCACCAAGGAGAUGAAUUGGACAUUGGAGGAGAGAGAGGCUGCACCUUCUGUGGGGGUCUGGGCCAUCGCAUCACUGACUGCCCCAAGCUGGAGGCCAUGAAGACCAAACAAGUCAGCAACAUUGGCCGGAAGGACUACCUGGCCUACGGAUCCAUGGACUUCUGA